AUGGCGUCGGUGUCGCUGUCAUGCUCCGCAACGUCCCUCCGCGCGGCGACUGUUGCGCGGGAGGGACACGCGCGGCGGGCGGACCGCGGGCAGCGCUACCGCGGGCGCGUUUUCUCCGCUCGUCCGGGUGCCUCCCAUCGCGGCGAAGCCUCCACGUCGACCUCGAGCGACGACCUCGACGACCUCAUCUCGGCGGUCGCCUCGGGCGCGCGCGACCUGACGCGCUCGGAGAUCGAUCGCCUAACAUCCGAGCUGAACCUCACGUCGCUCUGCGACGCCGCCUGCGCCGUUCGCGCCGCGGGACCCGACCCCGGCAUCGUCACCUUCUCGCCCAAGGUGUUCGUCCCUCUGACGUUCGCGUGCCGGGACCGAUGCGGCUACUGCACAUUCGCGAAAGAUCCCGAGGCGGGCAGCAAGAUCUACAUGUCGCUCGAGCAGGUCAUCGAGGUGGCGGAGCGCGGGCGCGUCGCGGGCGCGACGGAGUGCCUGUUCACCCUCGGCGACAGACCGGAGGCUUUGUACCCAGCCGCGAAGCACGAGUUGAACGAGAUGGGUUUCGAGUCCACCGUGGAUUACCUUGCGCACUGCGCGAGCGCCGUGCUGGCGCGAACGGGCCUGUUACCGCACUGCAACGCGGGGGUUCUGACGAGAACGGAGCUGGCAAAGUUAAGGGAGGUGAGCGUCUCGCAAGGGCUGAUGCUCGAGUCGACGUCCGAUCGGUUGGUGGACGAGCCGGGCGCGGCGCAUUUUAAUUGCGAGUCGAAGCGGCCCGCGACUCGGAUUCGAACCCUCGACCUCGCGGGCGAGUUGGACGUGCCCUUCACCUCUGGGAUACUGGUUGGGAUAGGCGAGACGAGGGAGGAGCGUCUGGACGCGCUCUUCGCCAUCCGGGAGAGCGAUCGGAAAUGGCGCGGGCACGUGCAGGAGGUCAUCGUCCAAAACUUUCGCGCCAAGGAGAACACCGGCAUGCGCGAUUGGCCGGAGCCGUCGCUCGACGAGCUGGCGUGGACCGCCGCGUGCGCGCGCCUGAUCUUCGGACCCGUCACGCAGAUCCAGGUUCCCCCGAAUCUCACGCCGGAGCCCGACGACGCAGCCGGCGGCGGCCCCGUCGGCGACCGCGAGGGUUGGCGAAGGUUGCUUCGCUGCGGCGUCAGCGAUUGGGGCGGGGUUUCCCCCGGGGUCACUCCCGACCACGUCUCCCCCGAGGCGCCGUGGCCGCACCUCUCGGAGCUCGCGCGGGUCACCGCGGAGGAGGGCUACUCCCUCGUCCCGAGGCUCGCGGCGCAGGCGCGGUACGUCACGGAGGGGUUGGAGCGAUGGAUCGACGCGCGUCUCGCGCCGUACGUCAGGGUACUGGCAGACUCGGAGGGUUUCGCGAGGGCAUCCGGAUGGUGUCCGGCUUCGCUCGCCGCGCUCGAACAUUCACAGCUGUGCGAAGUCGACGGCGGUGCCAAGUCGGAUUUUGAUUCGCAUUCGCAGACGCAGAUGGACAUCGACGAGGCCGCGGUGGCGACGCUGCUGCGCGCGAGGGGCGCCGAUUUCGACGCCGUGUGCGCCGCCGCGGAUGAGGCGCGGGCGGCGCAGUGCGGCGACGUCGUGACCUACGUCGUCAACCGCAACAUAAACUACAGCAACGUGUGCACCUUAUCCUGCGCGUUUUGCGCUUUUUCCAAGGGACCCGCCGCGGAAGAACUCCGGGGCAAGCCGUACCUCCUGGCGAUGGAGGAAAUCACCAGGCGCACCGCGGAGGCGUGGGCACGGGGCGCCACGGAGGUUUGCAUGCAGGGCGGGAUCCACCCGGACUUUACCGGCGACGACUACCUCGCCAUCCUCGCCGCGGCGAAAGCAGGCGCGCCCGGUAUCCACGUCCACGCGUUCUCCCCCCUGGAGGUGUCCCACGGCGCGCAGACCCUCGGUUUGACCCACCGCGAGUUUCUCAAAAAGCUCAAGGACGCCGGCCUCGGGUCCCUCCCCGGCACGGCGGCGGAGGUGUUGGACGACCCGGUGCGGGCACAGCUGUGUCCCGAUAAACUCGAUACGGAUUCGUGGCUGGAGCUCGUCGCAACCGCGCACGACGCCGGCGUCCCCACGACGUCGACGAUGAUGUUCGGACACGUGGACACCGACGGGCCGGACGCGUGGGCAAGGCACUUGCUCCGUUUGCGUAACGCGCACGUCGCGAGCGUUUCCAGAAACGGCCGCGGGUUCACCGAGUACGUCCCUCUUCCGUUCGUUCACUUCGAGGCGCCGGCGUACCGCUCCGGUUACGCGAGGCGCGGCCCGACGCUCCGCGAGUGCGUCCUGGCGCACGCCGUGGGCAGGCUCACGCUGGGCGCCGCGGGGUUGACGAACGUGCAGGCGUCGUGGGUGAAGAUGGGGCCGGAGAUGGCGGGCGAGCUCCUUCGCGCCGGGUGUAACGACCUCGGCGGUGUGCUCAUGAACGAGAGCAUCACGCGCGCGGCGGGCGCGAGGCACGGGCAGGAGAUGAGCGCGGCGACGAUGGAAGGCAUCGUGGCGGGCGUCGGGGGCGGGCGGGUCGCGCGGGUGAGGACGACCGCGUACGGGGACGCGCCCGCGGGGAGGAGGGAAGCGGCCAUGCGAGCCGGGCCGCUCCUGGAGGUUUGA